CGCUGCUGGAAUUCUUCUAACUCAUGUUUUGAUUGCAGUUGUCUGCAUGAUUCUCUUUAUUCGGUCCGGAUGGAACUAUCGUGGGUUACAAUCCAUUUGUGAGGUUGUCGUUCUAGCUAUCAACUCACCUCCAACUGAGACUUCGGAAAGCACAUGCGCAGGCAUCUCUCGGCUAGACACCUACAAACAUAUUGUCAAGGUUGGAGAGAUCUCCGAAACGCAGCUCGGGUUCGUCUUUGAUGACAAUGGGGGUUUCAAAGCUCCGCUGGCGGGAAAGAAAUACGGCCGGGUAAUGGACCAGCGCAGUAGUGUUGCGGAACAGAGUGGGAGUGAGCUUUCAGCGCUGAUUGGAAAUGAAAGGAUGCGUAGCAGUGAUGCAGGCGAAGUGUUGUCACUCAGAAAUGUUCAACUUUGACUCCUCAGCGAGAAUUGUCCAGGAAGACGUUUUGAAUAUUGCACUCUGGCAAAUUGAAUUCC